AUGCCGCCGACGCGAACAGCUAAGUCGGACGAGGCCAGGAAGGCAGCGAAUGCUGCAGUGUACGGAGUGAGGCCGGGCUUCCAGGGCGGGCCACCAGCUCUCCCCGGCGCGUCUUACGCGACACUGGUGGGCCACUUCGCGUCCGGCUCACAUGCGGAGGUACCCUAUGAUCCAUUCACCCCGGGCAACAUCAAGGCAGAAUAUCCCAUGUCAGUCAAGGCCGAGCCGCAGUUCGAUCAAGGAAAACCUGUAUCUCAAUUCGCCUCAGACGCCGCAGCUGCUGUGCAAUUCGACGCCGAUGACUUCAGCGACGAUGAGGAUCUCAGCUUCAACGAAACAGCACCGGCACCGAAGAAGACCUUCAAGCCGAAGACCGCAAGAGCACCGCGACCCACAGGACCCAGAGGAUCUGUCAGCGCUUGCUUCCGAAUUGAUGGCGAGUGGCAGAACCAGCGUGUCGAAUGGCUCGGCCAUGCCACGAGGGCGGUGAUGUUUCGAGACAAAUUAACGCCGGCACACAUUGACACGCUGCUCUCCUUCAAGGAAACCUGCGAACGCCUCACUUCAUUCAGCUUCGACUAUCACGACGUCGACUAUGAUUCUACCAACUCUGCUACGGAGCUUACUGACGACGAUGUCAUCAAGAUAGCCCAUGCCUGUCCUAAGCUGAAACUCAUUUCCCUCCCAGGCACAUCGGGCCUCACAGAAAAGGCAUUUCUUGCGCUGUGCAAAUAUUGUCCCGACCUCACAAAUCUGCACAUCAGUACUGCCUCGAGAAAUGAGUCGAAUACGGGCCACAACAUAGUAUUUUAG